AUGACUUUUAUUGAAAAAAACCCAGCAGCAAUUUAUUUUUAUGCUAAAGUAAUUGGAGGUGAAGUACCAGGACCAGCAUUUUCUCAGAAAUGUGGUUCAUAUAAAUUAAAUGGUAAGCAAGUUGGAGCUACCGUUAAAGAAAAGACAUCUAUGUAUAAGAAUCAGAAAAUCACUGUUUUAAUAGAAGUUAUUGUAAGAGCAGUUACUGUCUAUGUAGUACCAUCAGUCUCACAGAUGAUCAUUAGAGAAUUAAAUGAAAAUAGACCAGCUAGAAAGAAGGGAGGAGACAAAGUUUUAAGACACCAUAAUUAUCCACUUUCUCUUGAUAAGUUAUUUGCAAUUGUUGAAGAAACUAUCGAAUCUAAGAAAUCAAGAUCACUCACUAAGAGAGGUGUUCUCUGUGAAGUUUUGGGAUCAGCUUUGUCUGUUGGAUGUACUAUUGAAGAAAAGUCACCAAAAGAGGUAACCAGAGCACUUAAAGAGAGUGGUGAAUCAUUUGCAAAACUUUUUGGAAAGAGUGUUAAUGAUGUUCCAGCUUACGUCAUGUAA